AUGUCGCGAGACUUGGGGAUAAGUCACUCCACCGUGCAGCGUAUAGUGAAAUAUGAUCUCCAAUUGAUACCGUACAAACUCAGAAAAGCGCAAUUGCUUACAGAGAAAGACAAAAAAGUUCGCCUUGAGAGAUGUCGUUUGCCUAAACAACGCUCCGCUGCUUCGAAUUUGAAAAAUAUCGUAUUCUCCGACGAAAAAUUGUUUUUGAUAGAACAAGCCCAUAAUCACCAAAAUGACAGGAUCUGGUCUUCCACUCGUCCUGGAGCUGCCGCAGUCAUUCCACGUCGCCAAAACGCAAAAUCAAUAAUGGUUUGGGGUGCAAUUUGCGCCACUGGCAAAACUCCCCUCGUUUUUUUA